GCAGCAUUCAUCCCUUGUAGCCAGAACGUCCAUCUACAACUCCAGCAAGGCAAUAAGGCGACAUACGCGACGCAAAGGCUUCAAAGGACAAAGUCUGCCUUGAAACGAGUUCCUCCAACAUCGACUUAUCGCACACAAUAUUCUAUUUCCAAUAUCCAUCCACACAAGGUGUACCAACAAGCAAGAUACAGCACCACCGCCACCACCACAAAACAACCAACCAUCCACAACAUCUUCGAGUCCAAAACCGGAACGUGGCAAUACAUCGUAGCAGAUCCCGCUACAUCAAAAGCCGUAAUCAUCGAUCCAGUUCUCGACUACGAUCCCUGCACGCAGACCAUCACAACAACCUCUGCCGAUGCCUUGCUCACCCUCGUCAAGGAAAAGGGCUACACAAUCGACCGUAUCCUCGAAACCCACGCCCACGCAGACCACUUGACAGCCUCAUCAUAUCUGCAAAGACAGCUUACUCAGACGCAAGGCUUCAAGCCACCCAUUGGAAUCGGCAAACGCAUUGAACAGGUGCAAAGGUUAUUCGGGCAGCGCUACGGGCUAGCCAAGGACGAAUGGCUCGGUGUAUUCGAUAAACUAUUCGAUGACGAUGAAACCUUUGUCGUUGGCGAGUUAUCCGCAAAGGCAAUUCAUCUCCCGGGUCAUACACCGGAUCACUUGGGAUAUCAAAUCGGAGACAACGUCUUCUGCGGCGACUCCCUCUUCCACGCAGACAUCGGCACAGCCCGGUGCGACUUCCCCGGCGGCGACGCAAAACACCUCUACCAAUCUGGCCGUCGCCUGCUCAGUCUAGACGACCAUGUCAAAAUCUGGCCUGGUCAUGAUUACCCGCCUGGGGGCCGGGAACCAAUUCCCUGGAUGAGUGUGCGAGAUCAGAGAGACCAGAAUAAGCAUUUGAGUGAUGUGGUUAGUGAGGAGGAGUUUGUGGAGAUGCGGAGGGAGAGGGAUAGGAAUCUUAGUGCGCCGAGAUUAUUGCAUCAGUCGUUGCAGGUUAAUAUUCGGGCUGGACGGUUGCCGAGGGUGGAGGAGGGGCAUCGGAUGUUGAGGUUGCCGUUGAAGUUGAAUGGGUUGGAUUGGUAG